UGCUUGGUAUCGAAACCGAAUUGCGCUUCUCAUUUUUUUAUUAUUUGUUGAGGUUUUUUUCAUUCUCAUAUUAACGUAAUUUAUAGUUUUAUUUUUUAAAUUGAAAAUGCCAUAUGCUAAUCAACCACAAAUCAGUAUUACUGAUUCUUCCAAGGAAAAUAUUAAAUUCUCUAUUGAAGAAACAAGUUUAAGUGUCGCCAAUGCUUUACGCCGGACAUUUAUUAGUGAGGUACCAACUUUGGCCAUUGAUUGGGUUCAAUUGGAGGCAAAUUCUACCGUUUUGUUUGAUGAAUUUAUUGCUUCUCGUUUGGGACUUAUUCCUCUAACCAGUGAUGAGGUUGUCGAUAAAAUGGCUUAUUCGAGAGACUGUGUCUGUAGUGACUUCUGUCAGGAUUGUGCUGUCGAAUUCACAUUGCAUGUUAAAUGCAAUGAGGAUGCCACUAAAAAUGUAACUUCAUCCGACUUGAAAAGUAAAAAUCAAUUUGUUGUACCUGCUACCAAAAAAGCUGAUGAAGAGGAUUAUGGUGAUGAGAAUGAAGAAAUAUUAAUCGUCAAGCUCAGGAAAGGACAAGAAUUGAGAAUACGUGCUUAUGCUAAGAAAGGCUUUGGCAAGGAACAUGCUAAAUGGAAUCCUACUUCUAGUGUAUCCUUUGAAUAUGAUCCAGAUAAUUCGUUUAGGCACACAACUUUUCCAAUUCCCGAAGAAUGGCCUAAAAGUGAAUUUUCUGAAUUGGAUGAUACUAAAUACGAAGCUGAUUAUAUCAGAGACAAGCAACCAUCAAAAUUCUACUUCAACCUCGAAUCUUCCGGAGCUUUGAAGCCGGUCAAUAUUGUGCUAAGUGGAUUGAACGUUUUGAAAAAGAAGCUCACAGAUUUGCAAACCCAAUUGAAUCACGAAAUUGAACACGAUGCUCUAACAAUCAUGUAACAUAUAUCCUGCGUUUAAUCACACCAUACUUCAUGUAAAAAUUUAAAUUUUAUCGAGACAUUAAAUUUUUCAUUUAAUGUA